GGGCACAUGCUUUUUCCUGUGGUGAUUUAUAGCUACCAGUAAUCUUCCACAGUGGUUGCCUUAUCUACUUACUAUUCUGGCAUCUUCUGCUCUUGUUAGUAAACAGAAGAGAACUAUUAAACACAAAGCCAAGUACUCUUAAUCUCAAGAGAGACUUCGUACAGUAUGUUCUGUACAAAACUGAAAGACUUGAAGAUCACAGGGGAAUGCCCUUUCUCCUUACUGACUCAAAGUCACAUUGCUGAGGAACAUGACAAGGAUUGCACAGAAAACAGUUCUAGAGCAGCUUUGCCGAUCUGCAAAGAAGUCCAUGAAAAAGAUGGCCAAGGAAACCUUCCACAAAGGAAAACGAGCAGAAGUAGAGUGUACCUGCACACACUAACUGAAAGUAUCUGCAAACUAAUCUUUCCUGAGUAUGAAAGGCUAAAUGUUGCACUUCAGAGAACACUUGCAAAACACAGAAUAAAAGAAACCAGAACAACUGGGGAUAGAGAAGAUUUUGAAAAAAUAAUCAGUGAUCAUGCUAAUGCAGCAG